AUGAGCAUUGGAAAUAAAAAAUAUUCUCAGAUCUCUAGUUUCAGGCCUAAUGAUAGAGAUGUACCCCGAGCUCCUGCGCUGCCAAAUAGAACUUCAGCACGUAGUUGGCAUAAAAGCGAAUCAAGUAGUAAAGAAAUGAAGAAGUUAAGCAAAGAGCUGCCUCAUGUAAAAAGUUGUGCUUCGAAAUGCCAACAAAGUAAUCAGAAACAAUUAGUAAACAUCACACCAUCUGCUUGCAUAUCCAAGUUCUCUCUUAAAUCGGUUAACGACAAAGAAAUCAAGCAUUUAAAUUUUAAUAGAAUAACAAACAUUCAAAUUGAUGUAAAACCGUCCACUACUUAUACUUCAGCCGCUACAAAUAAUACACAUAGGUUAAAACGUUCAAUAAUUCGAAAAGAUGAAAAGGAUUUUUUAAGCAGUUUUGAGAAAAAAUAUUCUAUACACAAUUAUAAUCCUUUAAAAUUAAAUAAUAACUGUCAUAUAAGUAAACCAGAUUACAAACAUGCUCUUAGAUUGACAACUGGCAAGUCAGAACUGGUAAAAAAGGUGUCAGUUAAUCAAUCUGAUCAUUCUAAGUGUAGUAAUUAUCUUUCAUUAAAUAGAAGUCAGUUAUCUUCAUGGUUAUUGCAGUGUGACAAUGCUUCUACGACAUUACAUAAUAAAAAAGAAGCGAUAGAUUCAACUCCACGAGGAUACGUCAACAGCUAUUUAUCUUCACAGCCUUUUAUAAAACAAUCAACUAAUGUAGUAGUUGGGUCAGGAAAGAGCAUUGAUUUCAAUGAGCAGAAAUCAAAUGGGAAAGCUAAACGUGUUUCAAAUGAGUUGAAUACAAUCAGUUCAGGGUAUUCUAUAAAAAAACAUAAUAAUCGCAAUCACAAAACCUACAACAAACCAACAAACAUCAAUGCUUCGAAAUAUUAUCGAUGUUCAGAAAUCGAGCCGAGUGAGCAGUUAAUUGAUAAUGAAUCUGAUGAGAACGUAAAUUCUAGUGCUGCCAAGUAUUAUUAUAUUAACUCUACAAAUGUAACAGAUUGGGGUAGUGUUUCUUCAUCUGAAUGGGGUGAUGAUAUGUGUGUAACUUAUCAGUAUCCUGAUCAUCUUAAUUCAUCAGUUACCAACUGUAUAAAUAAUAAUCCUUGUGGAAUUCAAGAUCAUUUAUUUUAUGAAUGUAAAGACUGGUUAUCUCGAUUCCCACAUUUACGUGUUGUUGGUAAACAAAUAAAACUUUCUGAUGAAAAUAAAUCUACUUUUCAUCAUGAUGAUAGUAAUCUCAUAUCAGAGUUCUCUAACAUGAUUAACGUAUCAAGCACAAUCAUGGAUACAUCUCUGAAUAUGAAGAAAGUUAUCACUGACAGAAGGUUAAAUCAUAUACAAAGUGAAACGGGGAAAAUUGAAGAACAUCUUUCUAGUUCACUAACAUCCAUUAACUGCAUGGAGGAAGAGAUAUUCGCUAUAGAUGGUGAGUAUGAAGAAUUUACGGGUGGUGUAACCGUAAGCAGCAAAAACAAUCCAACUUGCAACAUCGAACAAAGUAAACAAUUAUCAUCAUACGAUCAUACGCAUAUUCAAGAUAAAUUGUUAUUUGAUGGUAAAGAGCCUAAGAUUUUGAAGUCCCAUCAAAGUAACAAAAAUCAUGGUCAUCAUAAGUAUCACGGUUAUCAUCAUUUUAGACAUAAACACAAAGAAAAAUCGAAUCCUGCUCCAACACAUUCGAAUUCAGAAAAAUAUAAUGACAAAUUAUGCAUCUUACCUGAUGCAGUAUCUAACUCGUGUUUCCCUUCAUCGCCUUGCAUAGCAUUGGAAAGGGUUAAGCAACCUGAUAGUUUGGAUAAUUGUCAUUCGGAAAGCGACUUCACUUCCCCAAUAUUAAAUUCAGUUGAAAUGAUUCUUAGAAUAAUAUCUCAGCAGUUAUGGAAUGAUCUUACACAGUGGAUGAAGAUGUUAUUAUCUGAGAAUACGUUUCCGAACUUAAACAAAUAUGAAACUAAUGGAAUUAGUCAGAAAGCUUCUCACAGUCCAUUUCAAUCUCAUCUGCUACACGAUACCACUUUUUCACGAUGCGAUUCAUCAGUUGGUGAUGCACAAAAUCCAUCCGCUUUGCCAUCAUUUCGACUAUUUAAACAAACAAAGCAUUCUAAUUCAGAUACACCAAAUUGCCUCAUCGGUCAACACGCUGUACAAACUCAUGAGUCAAAUAUUGAACUUGCCGAUCUAUUGCAAAUUUCAACCAAAACACUUCAAACACGUGAAAAGUCGUUAGUUCAGGAAAAUAUUGAUCCUUUUACUAAAAUACAGUACACUGGAAGUAACACAAUUUUGAAAGACUCUACAAAUAAUCAUUCAAUAUCUUCUGUAGGUGGUUCACAGUUGACAUCAGUGACUAUGACAACCAUUACUACAGCAUUAUCUCGUAUAAGUCCCCAAUCUAUUGGAACUAUUUCUAUCAACAGGCCAAUAUCCAGUUUAAACAAUAAAUCUGCAACCAAUGUUCCACGUAAAUUUAUCCUUACGUGUAAUAAUUCUGUGCCUGAAAUAUCUCAUCAUAGCAGAACCAGUGGAGUUGCUGUUAUUGGUGUUGCCGCUAACUUAUACCAUAAUGAAAAACUUGCUCCAUUAGAUAGAUUACGUACACCUCUACCACCACAAUACUCUUCUAUAUCGGAGGAACCAUCGUUUAGCACAGUAUCAUCAACAACCGCAAACAUACAUUUUACAAAUACAGAGACUUCUCUUAACUCUACCUGUUCGGCAAGUUUAGCAAAAUGUCAUAAUUUAAAUGUUAGUCAGUUACUGUCCCCUGUAACAGUAAGUAAUGCCUUAACUUCACUCCCACUAGUAAUGACAACAACAAUACUGCACACCGUACCUAAUUCAAUAAACAGCAGUAGCCAAAUUCUCUCGGUGAAUACAACCAAUAUGAUGAAUGAAACUACAAGUUCAGGGAAUUUCACGUUACCCCCGUUGUCUAAUCCAAUAAACAUUUUAUCAACCGUCACCACAGCUAUAUGUUUUCCUCCAUCCAACUCUUUAAAUAUAGAAUCAAGCCUGCCAAAUCCGAAGAUUAAUUUAUUUACAAAUAAUAAAACUGGAUUUGGAAUAUAUCAAGGUAGUGAACAAAGUAACCAGCAUACAACACAUUUGCAUAAAAAAAUAUGUGAGAAUUUAGUUGCGAAACAGAACAACAUUAGCAAUACUCUUGGGAACACAUCUAUUUUUACACAAAGAAUUCCAUCGAAAUUGUCUAUGCAUUGGAAUCAAAAUUCUCCAAAGCAAGCUUCAUUUCCUUUACCACCUAUUGAUAUAUUUAAAGACCGAUUUGGAAGAAAACAAAAGCUGUGGCGACCAUACAGUUCAAGACCGUUAUUAUUAAAUAAACCAAUUACGAAUCCUUCUAGUAUGUUGACAAGAGCUUGCUCAACAUUGUUAAUUCAAAACCCUGAAAUUUAUAAUGACUCAUGCUCAAUAAAAAUAAGUCCAGCAAUUUUUAUUGGCUCUACAACUAACCCCAUAAGAGGUAAUGAUGCAGUUACACGUUAA